AUGGCCAAGAUGAGGGGAAUCCUGAUCUUGGGGCUCCUGCUAAUCACCCCCAGCUGCCUUGGCUACUUUGAGGAUCUGGCCAAGUGCUUCAAGGAUCCCGAGUAUGAGUCCAUCCUCCUCACAGCCCAGGAGGGGCUCCACACCUCCCCGCUGCCCAAGUGGGUGGUGGUUGUGGGAGCUGGCAUGUCAGGCCUGGCAGCAGCCAAGGCCCUGCAGGACUCUGGCCACCAGGUAACCAUCUUGGAAGCCAGCAACCACAUUGGGGGUCGGGUGACCACAUUCAGGAAUGAGGAAGAGGGCUGGUACGUUGAACUGGGUCCCAUGCGAAUCCCACAGUCCCACAGGCUGGUUCACACCUAUAUCAAAAAGCUUGGCCUGAAAGUGAACAAGUUCAUCCAGUAUGAUGCCAACAUCUGGUUCCUCAUCAAUGAACAACACUAUCGCACCUGGGAGGUCAAGGCCAAUCCAGAGCUCCUGGGCUACUCUGUGAACCCCACAGAGAAGGGCAAGGAUGCUAUAAAUCUCUUCCAUGAGUCCAUCACCAAGCUCAGACAAAGUCUGAAAACAUUCAACUGUAGCUACCUGAUGUCCUUGUAUGAUUCUUACUCCACCAAGGCUUACCUGCUGAAGGAAGGGAUGCUGAGCCGAGGAGCAGUACAGAUGAUCGGGGAUGUGAUGAAUGAGGAUGCUGGAUACUUUAAGUCCCUCCUGGAGUCACUGCGGAUUGAUAUGAUUGUCUCCAACAGCGAUAGUUUUACUGAGAUCACAGGUGGCUUUGACCAGCUCCCCAGUGCCCUUGGAGCCAGCUUGGAGCCUGGCACUAUCCAUUUGAGGUCCAAGGUGGAGAAGGUCAUGAGGGAUGGGCCUGAGGUCCAGAUUUCUUACCGUGUGGGUGGGCCCAACUCGACAGUGCACACCAUCACCGCAGAGUACGUCAUCAUCUCAGCCUCAGCCAAGACCACUCGCCUUAUCACCUUUAAGCCACCUCUCUCCCCACAAAAGAUGGAUGCUCUUCGCUCACUGCAUUACACCAGCUCCACCAAGGUGAUUCUGGCCUGUAAUGAGCCCUUCUGGGAGCACGAUGGCAUCCGGGGCGGAGUCUCCAUCACUGACCAGCCCUCGCGCUACAUCUACUACCCCAGCCACAGACUGCCAAACGGCAAGGGGGUCCUGCUGGCCUCCUACACUGUGGACGAUGAUUCCAUGUUCUUUGUAUCCAUGCCUCAAGACCACGUAGUGGACAUUGUCCUGAAUGACCUUGCAGCUGUGCACCAAAUGCCCAAGGAGACACUGCAGCGCAUGUGCCCCUCCUCUGUGGUCAAGCACUGGUCUCUGGACCCCUUCAUCAUGGGCGCCUUUGCUGAGUUCACACCCUACCAAUUUGUGGACUUUUCACAGCAGCUCUUCCAGCCAGAGGGCUGCAUCUACUUUGCUGGCGAGCAUACCUGCCUACCCUAUGCCUGGAUAGACACUGCCAUCAAGUCUGGGCUCCGGGCUGCCAGAAACAUCCAGGCUGCUGUAGACAAGGAGGCUGCUGUGGGACAGAGGCCUCUGUAG